AAAAAACGAGUGGGGGUGGCCACCACUGGACAUAAUGCGACCAAUGCGCAUCCUCUGCUCGGUGAUUCAAACACAGAAUUGAUGGGUUUGUAUAAGCCACGAACCCAGGAAACACGACAGACAUAUGAAGCAAUAUUGGCAUACAUACAGGAUGCUAUCGGUGAUCAGCCUCGCGAUAUCCUCUGCGGUGCUGCUGAUGAAGUUUUGACAGUUCUGAAGUCAGACAAAAUCCGUGAAAAAGAGCGAAAAAAAGAAGUGGAGCUUCUUCUUGGCCCACUUACAGACGAGCGAAUUGCUGUGCUUAUUAAUUUAGCGAAGAAAAUCACCGAUUUUUCAAUGGAAGAGGAGAAAAAAGCUGACAAUGUACGUUUUUUUUAA